GUCGCCGUCGCCCAGUCAGCUCCGUGUCCUCCGUUCCUCCGCUGGUGCCUCGCUGUCGUCGCGGCACCCCCGCCCAGCCCUCUGUCCACUACGUCCCCUGAACCGGCCGGCGGAGCCCGGAGCCAGGGCCGCGUCCCCGCCAUGCCGGCCCAGUGGCUAUUACUUCUGCUGGCGCUGCUGCUACCGCCGCCCAGCCCCGGGAGUUUCGGAAGUGCCAGCACGGUAACACUGCCUGAGACCCUGUUGUUUGUUUCGACCCUGGAUGGAAGUUUGCAUGCUGUCAGCAAGAGGACAGGCUCGAUCAAGUGGACUUUAAAAGAAGAUCCAGUCCUGCAGGUCCCAACACACGUGGAAGAGCCUGCUUUCCUCCCAGAUCCCAAUGAUGGCAGUCUGUACACACUUGGAGGCAAGAACAACGAAGGCCUUACGAAACUUCCCUUUACCAUCCCAGAAUUGGUUCAGGCAUCCCCAUGCCGAAGUUCAGAUGGAAUCCUCUACAUGGGUAAAAAGCAGGAUAUUUGGUAUGUCAUCGACCUUCUAACUGGAGAAAAGCAGCAGACCUUGUCAUCAGCCUUUGCAGAUAGUCUCUGCCCAUCAACCUCCCUGCUGUAUCUUGGACGGACAGAAUACACCAUCACCAUGUAUGACACCAAGACCCGAGAGCUCCGUUGGAAUGCCACCUAUUUUGACUAUGCAGCCUCACUGCCCGAGGAUGACGUGGACUACAAGAUGUCCCACUUUGUGUCCAAUGGCGAUGGGCUGGUGGUAACUGUGGACAGUGAAUCUGGGGAUGUCUUGUGGAUCCAAAACUAUGCCUCUCCUGUGGUGGCCUUCUACGUCUGGCAGCGGGAGGGGCUGAGAAAGGUGAUGCACAUCAACGUCGCUGUGGAGACUCUACGCUACUUGACCUUCAUGUCUGGGGAAGUGGGACGCAUCACUAAAUGGAAGUAUCCGUUCCCCAAGGAGACAGAGGCCAAGAGCAAGCUGACGCCUACCCUGUAUGUCGGGAAGUACUCCACCAGCCUCUAUGCCUCUCCCUCAAUGGUGCACGAGGGGGUUGCUGUAGUGCCUCGAGGCAGCACUCUUCCUUUGCUGGAAGGUCCCCAGACAGAUGGUGUCACCAUUGGAGACAAAGGAGAGUGUGUGAUCACCCCCAGCACAGACCUCAAGUUUGACCCUGGAAUCAAAGGGAAGAGCAAGCUGAACUACUUGAGGAAUUACUGGCUUCUUAUAGGACACCAUGAAACUCCUCUGUCUGCAUCUACCAAGAUGCUGGAGAGAUUCCCCAACAACCUGCCCAAACAUCGGGAAAAUGUGAUUCCUGCUGAUUCGGAAAAAAGGAGCUUUGAGGAAGUUAUCAACCUGGUUGACCAGACUUCAGAAAAUACACCAACUACCGUCUCACAGGAUGUGGAAGAGAAGCUGGCCCAUGCACCUGCCAAGCCUGAGGCCCCUGUGGACUCCAUGCUCAAGGACAUGGCUACUAUUAUCCUGAGCACCUUUCUGCUGAUUGGAUGGGUGGCCUUCAUCAUCACUUACCCCCUGAGCAUGCAUCAGCAGCGCCGACUCCAGCACCAGCAGUUCCAGAAGGAGCUGGAGAAAAUUCAGCUCCUGCAGCAGAAACAGCUGCCCUUCCACCCACAUGGAGACCUUACUCAGGACCCCGAGUUCCUGGACUCAUCUGGCCUCUUCUCAGAGAGCUCAGGCACCAACAGCUCCAGCCCAUCCCCAAGAGCCUCCAACCACUCACUCCACUCCAGCACCAACCCCUCCCUGGAGCAGGAUGAAGAGGAUGAGGAAACUAGAAUGGUGGUUGUUGGGAAAAUUUCAUUCUGCCCCAAGGAUGUCCUGGGCCAUGGAGCUGAGGGCACAAUUGUAUACAAAGGCAUGUUUGACAACCGCGAUGUGGCUGUGAAGAGGAUCCUCCCUGAGUGUUUUAGUUUUGCAGACCGUGAGGUCCAGCUGCUUCGAGAAUCAGAUGAGCAUCCGAAUGUGAUCCGCUACUUUUGCACAGAGAAGGACCGGCAGUUCCAGUACAUUGCCAUUGAAUUGUGUGCAGCCACCCUGCAAGAGUAUGUGGAGCAGAAGGACUUUGCCCACCUUGGCCUAGAGCCCAUCACCUUGCUUCAGCAGACCGCCUCAGGCCUGGCACACCUGCACUCUCUCAACAUCGUUCACAGAGACCUGAAACCCCACAACAUUCUCCUCUCCAUGCCCAAUGCACAUGGUAGGAUCAAGGCCAUGAUCUCUGACUUUGGCCUCUGCAAGAAGCUGGCAGUGGGCAGGCACAGUUUCAGCCGCCGUUCAGGGGUACCUGGCACUGAAGGCUGGAUUGCCCCAGAGAUGUUGAGUGAAGACUGCAAGGAGAACCCUACCUACACAGUGGACAUCUUCUCUGCAGGCUGUGUCUUUUACUAUGUCAUCUCUGAGGGCAACCAUCCUUUCGGCAAGUCCUUACAGCGGCAGGCCAACAUCCUCCUGGGUGCCUGUAGCCUUGACUGCUUCCACUCAGACAAGCAUGAGGAUGUCAUUGCUCGUGAAUUGAUAGAGAAAAUGAUUGCAAUGGAUCCCCAGCAGCGACCCUCUGCAAAGCAUGUGCUAAAACACCCAUUCUUCUGGAGCCUGGAAAAGCAGCUCCAGUUCUUUCAGGAUGUGAGUGACCGGAUAGAAAAGGAGUCCUUGGAUGGCCCGAUAGUGAGGCAGUUGGAGAGAGGCGGGAGAGCGGUGGUGAAGAUGGACUGGCGGGAAAACAUCACUGUCCCUCUGCAGACAGAUCUGCGAAAAUUCAGAACCUACAAAGGUGGCUCUGUCAGAGAUCUCCUCCGAGCCAUGAGAAAUAAGAAACACCACUACCGAGAGCUCCCUGUGGAGGUUCAGGAGACGCUGGGCUCCAUCCCUGAUGACUUUGUGCGCUAUUUCACAUCACGCUUCCCCUACCUCCUCUCUCAUACCUACCGAGCCAUGGAGCUGUGCAGUCAUGAGAGACUCUUCCAGACCUACUACUUGCAUGAGCCCACAGAACCCCAGCCUCCAGUAACUCCAGAUGCCCUCUGAGCUAGGGCAGCCCCGUUAGUGUGGUUGCCCCCACAGUGACCGUGGUCCUGAUCUCUGCAGUCCAUAGCUUGCUGCCUCUGGGAUUAGCAGAAAGACUAAGCUCCUCAAACCAAGUGCCUUGAGCUGCUGCCCUGCAGCCAGAAGAAGAUAAUGCUGAUCCUAGGAACGGAACGGGAGAGGGGCCCUCAUGACUACAGAAAGCUGAAACGACGUGGCCCUGAAGUCUUGUAGUCAGGGCUACCUACAAAGGUGGGCCUGUCCCAGAGGCUGCAAGAGGAGCAGCGUCAACCUUUCACUGGAUGAACUCUCUUCCACGUAUAUUUCUUUCUAGAAUUCCUGUGGGGUGGCAGUUUGGGGCCUUUCAGUGAGGGAGUAGAGGAAUCCUGUUUUGCCUACGUGCUAGGAGCAGCCUGGUUGGGGUGCAGCAAGUGUACCCUCUGCUGGAAAUGGUUUGAGAGAUUCAGGGUGCUAAGGAAGAGAACGUUCAGAGGUGUUCUUCUUGAUAUAGGAGGCACCUCCAGGUUACUGGUAGCCUGUGUUGCCUCAUGCACCAAGUUGUAAGUGUGGGGCAUGGAGUUAGAGACUGGUUAGCAGUGCGUGUGGACAGCUGAGCUGUGUCUGGGAAUGGAAGAUGAAGAGGGCAUUCAGUUCUAGUUGGAGUGCUGGCCCAGCACAAGUGUACUGAACAGUAGCUCCUGAUAGACUGAAUCCUGGCCAUGUGAGAUGAAGAAUUCCCUGGCCAUCAAGAAGGCAGCUAAGACCAGACAGGGCCAGAGGGGAGCAACGAGAGGGAACCUCCGAGCACAUGGAGAGGCUCAGAACCAGGAGGUGAGUGAUAUGGACCGUCUGCCCCAGAGCCCAGAGAUUAGCACACAGAUUGUAAGCCAAAGCCCUGGGGAUAGAGAGCCAAGGCCAGAGCCACCAUAGGCUUUUUAGGCCAGCUUUUACAUUUCUGGCAGAUAUUAAUGAGUGUGUUUUGGUCAUAUUGCAGAAUGCUGCAUUUGCAUAAGUAAGUUAAAUGUAGCUUGAUGCUUGUGAAGAAGAAAUGUAAGAUAUAAUAUCUUCUGUUUUGUGUAGUACCAAAAAUCACCAUUCCCUCAAGAAUGUAUAACAUUCUCUAAUGCUGAAGAGUAAGACAUCUUGCAACACUGUGUAAAUGUAUUGAUAUCAAAGUGAUUCUGUCAGUACCGUUUUUCUCUAAAAUUAAUUUUUAACUUUAGGUCUAGUCAGAAUUUACUGUCUUCUCCCUCCCAAGAGCCUUUGAGGUUAGUAUGUAGUCAGGGUCCAGGGGGUUGAAUUCUGUGUAGACUCCUUGAGCCAGUGUGGCCUCUGACAUGUAGUCCUGGUGAGCUGAGGCUUGUUCUGUGCUAAGAGUAGCCUCAGCAGCUCUCUGCACUGCACUGACUGUAGUCAUGGCUGCUGCAUCCCCUGAGAGGUCUUCUGGUGUACUGGUACAGGGCCACUUACCCAAAGCUUCUCAGCUGCUGUGGAAUUUGAUUUCCUUACUUUCAUGGUGGCCAAAGUGAACUCUUUCUUAACCUCCUGCAUCUUUGAACCUCAUGGGUAACUCUGUUUAGACCUUGGAAUUUCAGUCCCCGUGGCUGACUUCCUGUUCAUCUCUUACCAUAGCACUUUGCCAGUGGGUCCGAGAGGGGACAGCCUAAGACCAAUGGCAGGAGGUGCAGCCAGUGUGGUCUAACAGGCUUGCCUCUGAGACUGCUGCCUACCUUGUUCCUCCUGGCUGAGUUUCCCUUUGGGAAGUGCUGAAGUCUUUUAUAAAGGUCCAGCGUGGUGUCACCUCCCAGUCUGUCUUGGGUCAGCUUUUCAAAGGUUCUUGCCAUGUAUCAGAUCAGUUUCUAACCAAUCAGAUUUCCAAGUCCCCUAUUCAUGUAUCAGAUCAGUUUCUAACCAAUCAAAUCUCCAAAAGUCCUCUAUUCCUCGCACUUAUUUGUAGGAACCUUCUGUAGAGCUAGAUAGGGUAUGAGACACUUGGGGCACAGAUGGAGAGCACAGAAAGACUUGUGCCUUCUAAAGCCUCCUGAGAGUCAUUAGCACACAGUGUCAGGGCAGAAAGAAAACUCAAGUGGGUAGGAAGGGUGUAUAUUUGGGGUUUGCCCCACUUGUGCCUUAAAACUGUCCCAUCUCAAAAAUCAAUCAGCUGUGGUCAGUUCACCUCUGUGUGUCCUCUAGAAACCAGGCAGUUGUUAGCUCUCCAGGUGUGUCAUGAAAACACUGUGGGCAUCUGGGAUGCUCAGCAAGAGACACUGCCUGCCUUCACUUCAGGCCAGCUCUGUAGCAUUGUCACAUCUUCAGAGGCGCUAGGAGCCCUGGAAGACGCCCAGCUGUCUCCAGGCACAGCAUCUUCAGCUUUAGGAUGGAAUUGAGUUAUGUCUGGGAUGUUACCUUUGUUUACACUUUGCCUUGUGUUGAACUUUAAGUUCAGAAAGUAUGCUGUGUCAUUGGUACCAAAGCACUUGCACUUUUGGGAACAUAGGUGUCACUUGGUAAAUCACUAGGCCGUCUAGAAACUGAAGGUGAACCCCGGCAGAGGUGUCUCCUGCUCUCAAUACAGCAGUAGCUGUAGGCUCUUCCCAUGAUGCACUACAGAGAAGGUGGAGGUCUGAGGUCAGCAGAUAAAGCCAAGUGCUUUCCACCGACUUUGAAGAUAGGCAUGAGGCUCUCCUCAGAGCCUUUACUUUGUGGAGGUUUUGUGUACAUGUGAUUUAGUUAGCUGCUGAAGCUCCUUUCCCCAAAAUGAAAGGCUAAUUGAUUAGCUGCUGCUGUGACCUGCAGAGCCACCCCUGGCUGCAGACUCUCCUGUGCUGGCCACCUGCUUGUCAUCUGCAGGGCUUUGGUCAUGCAUGGCUUUCUGUAGGUCCCACUCUCCAUCUGCCCCUGGGUCUGCUCUUGGUUCAUUGUCUUCAUUGCCACGGUCCAGAGGUGCAGGAAGAGAUGGAAGAGCAGCCGCAGCUGCCCUGGAAAGAGCCUCUUGAAAUUCCCCGCUUGCCCUUCUCUGUGAUUGGUUUUCCCACAGUACUAUCCUUGCCCAUCACUCACAUCUAGAAGCCACAGUGUUGGCCCCCCAGGGCCCUUUCAUAAGCUUCUCCUCCUGAAGGUUACCAGACUUCCAGCUGAGCCAAAGUGCCUGCUCUCUCCCCAUUCUCGGUUUUCGUUAUGGACUAGUGAUUUUCCAUGUGUAAUUUGGGUUGCUUUGGGCACUUAGGUCUCUUCUGUACUUAUUAGGAAGCCGCAGAGGCACAUCUAUGUUGAGCUUCCCUCAGGAGCAACCUUAGCCACACUGUUUGCCAGUCCUGUCGCCUCAGCUCUCUGUUCCCCAUGUGUUUGGUGGGUAUAGUAUUCCUUCCCAGUUGUCCCUAAAACUGACGGCGGAGUCCCCACUCACUAAGCAUUACCAGCCAGCUAUGUGGCUUCCCCACACAAAGACCUUGUGUAGUUCAUUUUGCGAUGACCUAUUUAUUGAAUCUAUUUAUAUUUAUUUAAUUUUUACUCUGAAGUAUAUCCGGUUACAAUUGCACUUGCUUAAAGCACAUAAGAUCUGUUGUGGAUAAUACCCCUGACCAUUUUAAAACUGGAAAAGAAAAGUUACACUGUAUCCUGCCACCUUUUGAUAACCUUGUCUUUAAAGGGUGAAUAAUUUGGUCUGGGUAAAAUGUUAAUUUUUAGAUGAUUUUUUUAAAAAUCUGUGCCAUGUGUCUUCUGUAGACAGUUAAUUGUUUAAUUGAUGUGUGCUGAUUGUGUGAUUCACUCCUCUUUAUGGAAACUAAAAUAUUCUUUUUAGCUUUAUAUUUUAUAAACUGCCAGAUUGUACAUCUAUUCUGUGUAUUUUUAAAGCUCGUAUUAUGAGGGCCGUUAUCUAAGUUGAACGGUUAUUUUUGUACCUCCUGUACAGUUUUAUAAUUCUGCUCAUUGAUGAAGGUGACUUAUGCUGAGCCAACCACAAAUAAAGGUAGUUUUAGAUUUGG